AUGAAUGAGGAUAACUAUGAUUGUUUUCAAAUUUGUUCAAAAUAUGGAAUGAAAAAAUAUGAGAUUGGUCAGACAUGGUGCCAACAACGGUGUAAAGAUCUUUAUUUUGCCUAUAAUAUUAGUGAUGUAAAAUUUAUGGAAACAAUUUACAUGAAAAGAUUCAUAGAUUGUACAGAAAAAAUUAAAGAUUCUAUAAAAUGUGGUGACUAUAUUGAUAGUCUUGCCAGAGUACUAACACCACAAGAUAUUGUUAAAUUAAACUCUAAAUUAAUAAAGUAUUAUCUCUCUAGAGGCAAAAUAAUUAUUGAUGAAAAUUAUUUGGUAAAUGAACGUUGUCGUGGAAAUUGUAUAAAACAAAAUUUGCAAACAAAUUUGGAGUGUUGA